AUGGAAGGUAUAACAGUUAUUGUUAUCUAUUAGAACUAGCGAAUGAUCAUCUAGUAUUAGCCAAAAAAUAUAUAUAUGAUGGAAGCUACUCUUAAGCUGUAAAGUUUUUAAUCAUAAUAGAUCGAACUUUUGGAAGCAAUAAUUGAAAAUGACAAUUAAAACAUUGAAGCCUAUAAUUUAUUGGCCUAUGCUAUAAAAAACGAUUUAGAGAAUACGACUGAUGCAUAUAUGCGUAGUUUAGAAAUCAUGCACAAAGCAUUAGAAGUAAAAAGUUUUCUAAUAUAUAGAUUUUGCCAAAUAACACACUUACUCUGUUCAAUAUGGCUUCUACUUAUUAUGAGAUGCAAGAUUUUCCCUAAGCUAUAAAUUAUUACUAACAACUCAUUCAAAUCAAUAAGGUUAAUGACUAUCGGGCUUUUUUUAACUUAGCUAUGUGUUACGAAAAAGCAGGGGAAAAUUAAUAAGCUUUGGAGAUGUAUUAGCAAGUAACUGCAUUCAUCUUAUAAUAAGUCCAUUCGAAGCAAUCCGAAUUUCUCAAGUGCUGUUAUAAAUUAUUCAAAUUUGUUAAUGCAAAUGGGUAAGCAAGCACAAGCUAGAUACACUUUAGAAAACUAUCUAAAAAAUAAUAAAGGUGAUAUGAGAGCCUUGAACAAUCUAAAUAUCAUUUUAGCUGAAAAAUAGAUAGAUUAAAAAGUUGAAGAAAAUUUUAAAAAAAUUAAUCAGAGUGGGGCCAUAACAAGUGUGUAUAAUAAUGGUGUGUUUUUAUCAAAAUAAGGAAAACUCUAAGAAGCCUUAUAAAUUUUUAGAUAACUGGUAGAUAAGCUCAAAGAUGAGGAGGAGGAACCACUUUUGCUAUUAUCUCAUGUAAAUCAAGGAGUAUUAUUCGAAAAACUAAAUGAUUUUGAUGCCGCAAUUUAAAAGUAUAACUAUGUAUGAAUUCUCUAAUAAUUAGAUUUUAGAUAAGUUUUCUAAAGAAAUUAACAGUGAAGAGUUUUUAUAAAGAAUAGCAGAAUUGAAAUAAAAAGAAAAAGAAAGGUAAAAACUAUUUCCUCCAAAAAUAAUGAGCAAAACUUAAACCUAAUGGAAGUAACCUCAAUAGCAACAAUAACAAGCUUAAGCUAAAAUAAACAAUUUAAGUAAAGAUAUUAAUAAGUUUAGUGAAACAAUCUCCAGAUAAAUAUAAGCAAUAAUAGCCAGCCUUAGUUCCUAUUAACAAUAACAAUAAUAAGAAAUAAUAAUAACUUGUUCAAGUUUAAAAACAGCCCUAAUAAUUAAUUUAAAGUUAACCCCAUCCUUUUAGCUAACAACAAUAAAGAUAAAAUUAGCAAUAAUAAUAGCAAUUUCCUCAAUAAACUAGAUAACCAUCAGGAGUUAAAAAUAUAUCCAAUCAACAAAGCAUACAAAGUGAUAAGAUUUCAUCUUAAUAACAAUUUGAUGAGCAUCAAUCAAGCAUUGAGUAGAUAUCAAUGGUGUAACCUGUCGAUACUGGGUAAAGAUUUGUGAAGGAAAGCUCUUUAAAAAUUGAUCAAUAAAAAAAUCAUUCAGGAGACAAUUCGCAGCAUCAAAAGUUUCAUGAAGAAAGCAGUAAUGAGAUGAAUAAUGAAAUUCAAAACUAAUAAAGAACAAAUACAGAAGAAUUAGGAAAGGCUAAAACCUAAUUUAAAGAAAAAUUUGGUUUUUCGGAGUCACAGCCUGAUCAAGAACCUUAAUAACCCAAAGAAUAAUUUACAUUCUAAGGAAACUCAGAUCCUUAUAAUCUAUCUUCAAUUAAGGAGAAAUCUAUAGAAAUCGGAGAAUCAUAGAGAGUUAGGUCUGAAAAAUAAAAAACUCAAGACAAGAAUUAGAAGACCAUUAUUGAUGAAGUUAAUGAAGGAGCUAAACCACAGAAUUCGAAAAUUUCUUUGGAGUUUCAAAACAAAGAGUUAGUUGUUGAAGUAGAGGAAAACUAAGUUACCUUUAAACCAAAAGAAGUUGAAAAAUAAGGAGGUUCACUUGAACAGCAGUAAUUGAUGAGCUAAAAGAAGGCUAUAAUAUAAAAAAAUUAUAAAGAGUCCAUUUAAAAAUAGAAAGAUAAUAAUAUAGAAAAGCAUAUUGACGAAGCUUCCAAAAAUUAAGUUUAUGAUAACACAGUUUAAAAAGUACCAAAUAAAGAUUCUCCAUUAUAAUUCAACGAGGAAAAGAAUAAAUAAAUUUAAAUCGGCAAUUUAGAAAAUCAAUAAUCAUAAAAGGAGCAUACAUAACAAAUUUCAUAAAAAGAACCUCAAAAAAUAGAAAAUCCCUAAAACUAACAAAAUAAUUAAUAGAAAUAGAAAGUUAAUAUUUUAUUAAAGAAUAAAACAUCCGAUUAAUAAAUCUCAGAUAAUUCAAAAGAUUUAUUGUAAAACUAGCAAGAGAACAAUUAAGAAUAAAAAAUUGUAUCAAACUAAGAUGGUAAUAAAAGAUAAUUUUUAAGAAAAUAAAAUACUAAUUAAUAAUAAGUUAAAGAAUAGCAAUAAGAGACAUAAUAAGAACAUUAAAAAUAAAAUGGUGACUAAUUGAAUAAAUUAGAACAGGAAGAAAAAGAUAGAUUACUAGAAUAAUAAAGGUAAUAAGAAAACCAGUAAGCUGAAUAAUAGAAGAAACUAGAAGAGGACUAAAAGGAGAAAGAAAGAUAAUAAGAAUUAUAAAAAGAUUAAGAAAGAUAACAAGCAGAAUAAUAGAAAAAAUUAGAACAAGACUAAAAGGAAAAGGAAAGAUAAUAGGCUGAAUAAUAGAAGUAAUUAGAAGAAGAAUAAAAAGAGAAAGAAAUAUAACUAGAAUUGUAAAAGGAAUAAGAAAGGCAAUAAGCAGAAUAAUAGAAAAAAUAAGAAGAAGAUUAAAAAGAGAAAGAAAAGUAAUUAGAAUUGUAAAAGGAGAAAGAAAGAUAAGAAGCUGAAUAAUUGAAGAAAUUGGAAGAUGAAUAAAAAGAGAAAUAAAGAUAAUUAGAAUUGUAAAAGGAAUAAGAACAACAAUAAGCUGAAAAAUAGAAAAAACUAGAAGAGGAAUAAAAAGAAAAGGAAAGAUAACUUGAAUUACAAUAAGAAUAAGAAAGAUAACAAGCAGAGUAAAAGAAAAAAAUAGAAGAAGAUGAAAAGGAGAAAGAAAGAUAGCUUGAAUUGUAAAAGGAAUAAGAAAGACAAUAAGCUGAAUAGUAGAAAAAAUUAGAAGAAGAAUAAAAAGAGAAAGAAAGAUAAUUAGAAGUGUAAAAGGAAUAAGAAAGACAAGAAGCUUAAUAGUAGAAGAAAUUAGAAGAAGAAUAAAAAGAGAAAGAAAGGUAACUAGAAUUGUAAAAGGAAUAAGAAAGGUUAUAGGCUGAAAAAUAAAAGAAAUUAGAAGAAGAAUAAAAAGAAAAAGAAAAAUAACUUUAAUUAUAAAAAGAAUAAGAACGACAACAAGCUGAACAAUAGAAAAAAUAAGAAGAAGAUGAAAAAGAGAAACAAAGGUAAUUAGAAUUAUAAAAGGAAUAAGAAAGACAAUAGGCUGAAUAAUAAAAGAAAAUAGAGGAAGAAUAAAAAGAAAAGGAAAAGUAAUUAGAACUAUAGAAAGAAUAAGAACGGUAAUAAGCCGAACAAUAGAAGAAAUUAGAGGAGGAAUAACAAGAGAAGGAAAGGUAACUUGAAAUAUAAAAAGAACAAGAAAGAUAAUAAGCUGAAUAAUAGAAAAAACUAGAAGAGGACUAAAAGGAGAAAGAAAGAUAAUAAGUAUUAUAAAAAGAAUAAGAAAGACAAUAAGCUGAAGAAUAGAAGAAAUUAGAAGAAGAAUAAAAGGAAAAAGAAAGAUAGCUUGAAUUAUAAAAAGAAUAAGAAAAACUAUAAGCUGAACAAUAGAAGUUAUUAGAAGAAGAAUAAUAAAAAGAGAAAGAAAGGUAAUUAGAAUUGUAAAAUGAAUAAGAAAGGUAAUAAGCUGAACAAUAGAAAAAAUAAGAAGAGGAAUAAAAAGAAAAGGAAAGGUAACUUGAAUUAUAAAAGGAAGAAGAAAAAUAAUAAGCUGAAUAAUAGAAAAAGUUAGAAGAAGAGAAUAAGGAAAAAGAAAGGUAACUUGAAUUAUAAAAGGAAUAAGAACGGCAAUAGGCUGAAUAAUAGAAAAUACUAGAAGAGGAAUAAAAAGAAAAGGAAAAAUAGCUUGAAUGGUAAAAGGAGUAAGAAAGACAAUAAGCUGAAUAAUAGAAGAAAUUGGAAGAAGAAGAAAAAGAGAAAGAAAGGCAACUAGAAUUGUAAAAGGAAUAAGAAAGACAAGAAGCUGAAUAGUAGAAGAAAUUAGAAGAAGAAUAAAAAGAGAAAGAAAGGUAAUUAGAAUUGUAAAAGGAAUAAGAAAGAUAGUAGGCUGAAUAAUAAAAGAAAAUAGAGGAAGAAUUAAAAGAAAAGGAAAGGUAACUUGAAUUAUAAAAAGAAUAAGAAAGAUAAUAAGCAGAAUAAUAGAAAAAAUUAGAAGAAGAAUAAAAAGAAAAGGAAAGAUAAUAAGAAUUAUUAAAAGAAUAAGAAAGGUAAUAGGCUGAAGAAUAAAAGAAAUUAGAAGAGGAAUAAAAAGAAAAGGAAAGGUAACUUGAAUUAUAAAAAGAGUAAGAAAGAUAAUAGGCUGAACAAUAGAAAAAAUUAGAAGAGGAGUUAAAGGAAAAGGAAAGAUAAUUAGAGUUAUAGAAAGAAUAAGAAAGGUAAUAAGCUGAGCAAUAGAGAAAAUUAGAAGAAGAAUAAAAAGAAAAGGAAAGAUAACUUGAAUUGUAAAAAGAAUAAGAAAGAUAAUAGGCAGAAUAAUAGAAAAAACUAGAAGAAGAAUAAAAAGAAAAGGAAAGAUAAUAAGAAUUAUAAAAAGAAUAAGAAAGGUAAUAGGCUGAAGAAUAGAAGAAAUUAGAAGAAGAAUAAAAGGAAAAAGAAAGGUAAUUAGAAUUGUAAAAGGAAUAAGAACGACAACAAGCAGAGCAAUAGAAAAAAUAAGAAGAAGAUGAAAAGGAGAAAGAAAGAUAGCUUGAGUUGUAAAAGGAAUAAGAAAAAAAAUAGACAGAAUAAAAGCCAAUAGAAUAAUAAUAAUAACAAAAAGAAAUUGUAGUAAAUUAAGACUAAAUACUAUAACCAUAGAAGAAUACAGAAUCAUAAUCACACCCAUAAUCUCUAUAAUAAUCUUAAUUAAUAGAUUAGAAUGCUUAAGAUUAAAAUAAUAACAAUAAUUCUUAAAAGCAAUAAACAUUUGGUGAUUUAUCUAAAAUAGAUUAGGAACCUGGAAAAUCUCCCAACGAAAUCCAAAAAUCUGAUAGUUAACAUUCAAGAAAAUUUGUUUAAGAACCCAGUAUCAUGAUUAAAACUCCACCAAAAUAAUAGCAAAAAACAUUCGAAACAUUUAACGAAGAAAAAGUAGUGCAAGCAGAAUAAAUUCCUUCUCCAAAGGAAUUAAAAGUUGGAAACGAUAUUCCUUAAUAUAAUUAAACUGGAACUUUUGUUGGUUUAUCUGAGCAAUAAUUACCUGACACUCAUCGUAAAGAAGGGUCAGAUAAUUAAUCUUAAGGUGAAUAGCAAUAAUAAACAAAGCAAUAAAAUGAAUAAAACAAAGAUAAAUCAAUAUCCAGAACAUCAAUUUAAAAAGGUAAUUCAAGACCGCCAUCAUCGAAAGGUUAAGAGAAGAAAGCUCCCUUAACAUUAGAAUAAUAAUAAUAGAAAUAGUAGGAAUCUGCUUAAACUAAUAGAUCGGAAUAACCUCAAGAUAAAGAGAAAACUCAAUCAAAGGAGAUAAUAUAAUAAGAUUAAAAUUAAAGUUAAUAGCAAAGGCCUUCAUCACAAUCUGGAAUAAGAUCUAUUAAGUCUGCAGGAAAAAGGGUUGAGAAAACAAAUCCAGAAUAGCCUUCUUAAAAUCAAGGAGAUAAUACCCAAUAACCUGAUUAAACGAAUUCAGUAAAGAAUGCGAUUAAAGUUACUCCAAGGUCAAGACCAUUAUCAGGAGCAAAUUAGCCAAUAGAGUUAAGUCGACCAAAUUCUACAAAAAACCCAGUUAAAAAAAUUACUAUUGAAUAACAAUAGAUGAUGAGACAAGAAUAACCUAACCAAUAAGAUAAUAAGCCCCCAGAACUUACAGAAUCUUAAUUAUCUAUAGAAGAUGCAAAAAGACUCACUCAAACAAUGUCUUAGUAAGAUCUGCCAGUUAAAUAAUUACAAGAAACAGCAUCUCAUCCCUAAUUGUAAUAACAAGCAAAUCCUCAAACCUAGAACUAAUAAUAGAAUUAAAAAAGCAAUUCAAGAAAUUAAUCAGGAAAAUCGUUAAUAAAGUCUGGUCACACAGAAAAAAAAGUAGAUAAGCCAAAUCAAGAUUCUAAUUAGUAAUUGGAAAAAGAUUAAUAGUAACAAGUUAAAACUGAGGAUCAAAAUAAAGAAAUUAACGAUUCAAAUACAAAUAAAUCAGAUGGAAAAAGCAAAGGUGGGUCAAAUAAAACUUCUAAUGCAUAAUAAUAACCAACUUAGAAUGAAGAAAGUAAACCUUAAAGUGCUAAAGGUAAACAAAAACCAGUGACUACAGAAUAACAAUAACCUGUAUAAAAUUAGGAUGAAUAAGUCUUUCGUUAAUAGCAAACAAUAGAGUAGAUCAAAGAUAAGGCAAUUCAGGAAGAAGUUCCAUAAAUUAAAGUUCAAAGUCCUCAUAGUUCUAUGAAGGGAAGUGAAGAUAUGAAUUAACUCGAAGCCUCUUUACAUAAAGUUGACUAAGUGGUAGAAUAAGAAUAGGAGUAAGUAGUAGAGCAAAAUUAGGAUAUUCAAGAAGUCAGAGCUUCAAAUUAACAAGAUUAGGAAUAAGCAAAUGAAAAUGCUAUUUAAUAAAAUAAUGAAUAAGAAAAAUAAGAACCAAAUAAUGAUUAGGAUGCAUAAGGUCAAAAAUCAGAACAAAAUGGUUAGGAGGAAUAAGAAGGAGUGAAGUCUUCUGAUAGUUAUAGAUCGUAAAAAACUAAUAAAGAGGGUACUUAGGAUGAAGUUUUGGAAAAGCCUGCUGAAGUGUUAUUAGUCCCAGAAAGUCGACCUAAAACAUUGGUUUAUUAGAAUUCAAGUAGCCUUGAAUCUUAACCUCAAUAAGAGUUGCAAUCACAGACAAAGCUGGGUCAUAGUGAUACACAAUAAUUUGCUGAAACACAAAAGAAGAUUGCAAAAGUUAUUCGAUACCCUGAAAACUUUGAGGAUUGGACUAUAGAAGAUUGUUUAAGAAGAAUAGAAGAAGAUCCUAAUGAUAUCUUUCCUGUGUUCAGAUUAGCUAUACUUUAUACAGAUGAUUUGGAAAAGGCCAAGGAAUACCUUUUAAAAGUGACUGAAAUGGACCCAUUAUUUGAAGUUGAAAAAGUAAACUGGGCUUUAGGAACAAUUUUCGUCUCAGAAAAAGAAUGGAAAAGAGCUCUACAUCACUUUCGAAUAGGCUAUCAAUAUAGUUAAGAUAGGGCUAAAUCAUAUUUAGAAAUAGCCAGAUGUUAUUAAAAGUUGGGGGAGUUUGAGAAAGCAGAAAGAACAUAUAGAAGAGCAAUUGAUGCCAAUAAUAAAGAUUAUCUACCUUAUUAUAAGUUAGGAUGGAUGCAAAUAAAGAAUAAAUAAUUAAAGGAAGGAAUAGAUAAUUUAUCAAAAGCAUAAACCCUUGAUUAUUAGAAUAUGGACAUCAUUAUAAAAUUAGGAGAAUCUUUAAUGAUUUAUGAUGAAGAUCCUACAGCUGUCGAUGAGGCUGUUAUUGUAUUACAUAAAGGAAUGAUAGUAGAUCCAUUAAAUUAUGAAUGCACCAAUGCGCUGGCUAGAGCAUAUGAAAAGAAGGGAGACUUAGUCAAUGCUAUUAAAUAUGGAAAGUUAGCAACAGAAUAGCCAAAUUCAAAUUCAAACUCACAUUAUUUUUUAGGAACUUUAUAUAUGAAGAAGAAAGAUUUCAAAAGUGCUGCUGAAUCGUUUAGAACUUUAUUGAGAAUAAAUAAUGAGCAUCCAGAGGCUCUAAUUGAAUAUGCAACAAUUUCAAGCAUAUAAGGUAAUUUCGAAAAAGCAAAAAAAUACCUGAAACACGCAUUAAAAUCCAGCCCAAAUAACCCAGUUGCAAAUAUGAGAUUAGGGAGAAUUUAUUAAACCAAAUUAAAUGAAUUAAACUUAGCAAUCGAAUGCUUUUAAAAGGUUGCUAGAGUCGAUCCAACUAAUUAUAAAGCUUAUUACUAUAUGGGCUAAUGUUAUAUUUAGAAAGGAGAGCUAAAUAAAGGCAUUGAAAAUAUGAAUUACUCUUUAAAGCACAAUCAAUCUUUUGGUCUAGCAUGGAAAGCUGUUGGUAAUAUUAUGUAUGAGAAGAAUCAGCCAGCUAAAGCUUUGAGAUAUUUCUAAAAAGCCAUUGAUUCAGAUAAAAAUGAUAUGGAAGCUAAGAUUGGAUUGGGAAAUUGUUAUUAUUUACAGGAACAAUUUGAAUAAGCUAUUUAGAUUUAUGAAGAAAUAAGUCAUCUGGAUCAAAAUGAAGAAUUAGAAUACAACAUGGCAAAUUGUUAUUAUAUGAAAAAUGAUUUUGAGGAGGCAGUAUUGCAUUAUUAGAAAGCAUUAAGCAUAAAUCCUGAUAAAAUAGAAUGCUAUUAUAAUUUAGGAAACACUUAUUGCAUUAUGGAAAAAUUCGAAGAAGCUUUAGAAUGCUUUGAGAGAGUGGUUAAGGAUGAUCCCAAACAUUCAGCUGCCUUCUAUAAUUAUGCAAAUACAUUCUUUGUUUUAUAAGAUUAUGAAAAUGCGGCUAAAUACUUUGAAAAGGCUGUUGAGUUAUAGCCUGAAAAUGUUGAUUGGAGGUAUUUUAAUGAUAUGCAAAUUUAGGAAUUACGUAGCUCAAUUAUAUAUAGAAAAAGGUGACCUUAAUGCAGCAAAAAGACAUUUAGAUGAAAGCAUGAGAUUGUAACCUAGGAAUCCUGACACCUUAGUUAGAUAUGCAAAUUACUAUUAUCAAAUAGGAAACUACAAAGAGGCUAUUCAAAAAGCAAAAGUAUUAAUUAACAAUAAUUAUAGUAAACCUUGGCAUUAGAUGAAGCAAAUGACGAAGCUAAAUCAUUAAUUAGAGAACUUACUAAAUGAUUAUUAAUAACAUA